AUGGGAAUCUCGGCUUCUAAACGAGUCGGCCGGUACCUCCACAAAUCGGCCGAGUUCAACUCAGCCUGCGACUCAGUCUACGACGAUUGCCUCUCCCUCGCCCAGCACGCCUUCGACGGAGUCAAGCCUUACCAGCUCGUCUCCGCCACUGAGCGCCUCCACAGCAAGCUUAGCGACUCCAUCCCUCUCGUCGCUAAAUGGGUCCAAUCCGCCCCGACCCGCGCCCAGGUCGACAAGGCAUUCAAGGCCGUCAGAUCCGACAGCGAGGCCGUGCUUGGGAACAGUGAGUUCAGAGAGUUCGCCGUGGAGGUUUUCGCGGACGCCGUCGCUUCGGGCGCCGGGCAGGCGGUUUGGACGCGGGUUCCAGUUGGGGUUGCGGGUAUCGCUGGUAUUGGGAUGUUGGUGAAGCCCGGAAGGGAAUUUAUUGCGGCCGCCAUUGGAGCGUACACGCUUGGUGUAACAACUUCUAUUUACCUCAGCUUAGAUGCCUAA